GUUUAAACAAAAGCGGGUGAUCGACCUCUGAGUCUAUUGAUUCCUGUAGUCCUGAUGGUCUCAGCUCUUCAGUCACAUUCACUGUGAGACGCCAGCAUGAGGCUUUUUCUGUUGCUAGGACUGAUUUCCUUCACAUAUGCUGCUGAAGAGUCGUGUAUUGAACGCUGUGAAAAUGGGUUUGAUGCCACCAAGAGCUGCCAGUGUGACUCAAUGUGCACAUACUACAAGAGCUGUUGCAAAGACUAUGAAUCCUUGUGUCGUAUUAGGACUCGUGGAGACACCUUUCCUUCUUACCCUGAGGAUGAUUAUGAGGAAGCAAACAGCACAGAGGUGCCAAUCAGAUCCAGAUCACAGCACAAAAGUUUGACCCCGUCUACAGCAACCUUUGCUGAAAUAUUCAGCCUAUUAACACCAGCUUCACAAGUCUUGGAUUCAACGUUAAAUGACAACCCAACACCAGAGAUUGUCACUGCUGCCAAUCCAACUACACAUUUCAGAUUAGCCUCCUCCAUUAGGAACCCAACCACAACGCCACGCACAACUUCAAAUGCUGAACCCACACCAACAAAAGCCAAAGACCCUGAUGCUGAGGUCUGCAGUGGCAGACCCUUUGACUCCUUCAUGCAGCUCAAAAACGGCUCUAUAUACGCAUUCAGAGGACAAUAUUUUUUUGAGCUUGAUGAGAAAUCUGUAUUACCGGGGUACCCAAAGCUCAUCGAAGACAUCUGGGGAAUAAAAGGUCCAAUAGAUGCUGCUUUCACUCGCAUAAACUGCCAAGGAAAGACGUACAUCUUCAAAGGUAAAAAAUACUGGAGGCUUGAAGAUGGGGUACUAGACGAAGAUUUCCCACGAGAAAUAUCUGUGGGAUUUGAGAAGAUACCAGACCAUCUGGAUGCUGCCUUUGCCAUUCCUGCUCACAGCCAUCAUGGCAAAGAGAAGGUUUAUUUUUUUAAAGGAGACCAGUAUUACCAGUAUGAGUUCAAGCACCAGCCAUCCCAUGAGGAGUGCAUUCAGAUGUCAUUUAGAUCUCCCUCAGCACUCUUCCGCAGAUACACUAAUAUUUACUACGACCGAUGGGUUGAGCACUUCAACCAGCUCUUUGGUGGAGCUCAAAGUCAUCACAGUGGCCAUCACUUCAUCAACAAAGACUGGACUGGCAUCAAAUCUCCUUUCUGUCUUGAAACUCUAGAUGGUGCAGAUAUGUACUACAGAGUGAAUCUCCAAACAAAACGGGUUGACUAUGCAAACCCUCCAUAUCCAAGACCUAUUGGAAAAUACUGGCUUGGCUGCAAAGAUAAGCCAGGAGCAGAAAAGAGAUGAGUCCAACUGUAAAAGACAUUUAAUAGUAUUUAUCAUACAAGAAAAAUAAGCUGUAUUUGUAUGAUCAAAGAGAAGGGUCAUCAGAAGGCCCUUUUAGAAUCUCUCCACCGAUUUUAAUACAAAUAGAAUGACAUUCAUAAUGUUCUACAAGUCGUCCUACCCUGGAGAUGAAUCUACUCUAUAUUCCUAACUGUUGUGUUGAUUAAUUAUGCUCAGUGGACACCAUGCAAUUGUUGGUCUCAAACAUCUCAAAUAAACAGACAUAUGAAUAUUAUCAUUAUCAUAUGAGAAUUAUACUCUGAUUUUCAUUGAGAAUUCAAGCAAUUACAUGAGAGAAAUAACAUUUUGUACCGAUGCUUACAGAAGCCUAAAGUUCCUAUGAGCUUUGCAAUAGUUUUAGUGGAGGUUUUGUAAUCCUUGAAUAAACAGCAAUGUUUUUUGUUGUAAAAC